CUUCCGAACUUGAGUAAAUUCUAAACAUGGCCGCUUCCAAGAAAAAUUGUGCGUGUUGUGGCAUUCGCAAGUGUUUACUGUGUGAAGAUAAAGGCAGGUUAAAGAAAAUAUCGCAACAUACAGUGGAGGAGGAGCACACUAAGGCAAUUCAACGGUAUAAUUUUUGUAACUUUUGUGGCAGAACAUUUCCUAAAGGCCAAGAAUGCUUGCAUCAAAAAGAUAUUGAAGAGGACAAAAUAAGACUGAAAGGUGUUACUGUUAUUCCUGAUUUUGUAAAUGAAGACGAGGAGCAAACGAUUGUUACAGAAAUUGACAAAACCAUUUGGAAAGCAUCACAAUCUGGAAGACGAAAGCAGGACUUUGGACCGCAGGUGAAUUUCAAGAAAAGGAAGCUAAAGGAAAAAAACUUUACUGGGCUUCCACAGUUCAGUAAGGUUUUAGUGGAACGCAUGUGGAGUAUGGUGCCAACAUUGUCAGAUUUUCAGCCAGUUGAACUGUGUAAUUUAGAGUAUGUACCACACAGAGGAUCCUCCAUUGAUCCUCAUUUUGAUGACUUUUGGGUGUGGGGUGAUCGGUUGGUCACGCUAAACCUCCUGUCACAGAGCACUCUGACAUUCUCUGAUGAAGGAUACAAUACCGAAGUUUCUGUUCCAAUGCCCAGAAGGUCUUUGAUCAUAGUCAGGGGACCAGCUCGUUAUAACUGGAAACAUGCUAUAAAAAGACAGGAUAUUGUCUCCAGGAGGAUUGCUAUAACACUGAGAGAACUCGCACAGGAGUUCUGUGAAGGUGGUGAGAAUCACAGUGUUGGAAGCGAAUUAAUAAAGACAGCAUUGUCAUUUCAAGGGAAGUCACUUCAAGUCACUAUGAAGGAUCAUGAAUGCUAGUGCCAUGCUAAUGUUUCAUUCUAUAUAAUACCAUAACCAACAAUUAUAAGAUGUCAAGAAUGCCCAUUAAAUGUGGAAAAUAAAUCUAUUUUAAUGCAACUCAGAGGAGAACUUAUGUGCAGGUAUUUUAAGAAGGCCUCCCUUGACUAUAAGCAUUCACUGAGUCAAAUUCUGCUUUUUGUGUGCUGUCCUCAACAUGACAUAAAGUUAAGUAAAAUGGAUCAGUUUGCUUUAAGUGUCAUGUCCAAUGACAGACUUGCCCUGUCAUCCCUCCUCCC